CCGGGGCAGGACGCGCAGGUCUCGGGUCUCCUGUCCGUGGGCAUUUCGCUGUUUUGCUCCCGGCAGCGCCGGCCACGGGGUUCGCAGGAAAGCCGAGCUGGGUUCGAUCCGGGCUGGCGAGGGGAGCGAAUCGGAUUCAGCUUUCCUUUGCCUGGCUGGGCUGUGAGGAAUACCCGGUGUCCUGGUCCCCCGCUCCGAGGAGCCGCUGCCCGGGGCCCGGGGGCCGCCCGCCCGGACCCUCCCUCCGCUCAUCGCCUCCACCCGCAGCCUGCUCGCUGCUAUGGCCGACCACCUGAUGCUCGCCGAGGGCUACCGCCUGGCGCCGGUGCCGCCGCCCGCCGCUCCGGCUCACGGUCCUCACGCGCUCCGGACUCAGCAGCCUUACGCCGGCCCGAGCCUGGACGGCGGCAUGCGACCUAGGGGGGCUCCGCUGGGGCCGCCGCCGCCCCCUCCCGGGACCCUGGCUUACGGAGCCUUCGGACCGCCGUCCUCCUUCCAGCCCUUUCCCGCCGUGCCGCUUCCGGGUGCCGGCGGCGCGCACCUGCAGCCCGCGGCCGCGCUGUACCCGGGCCGCGCCCCCGCGCUGCCGGGCGCGCUCGGGGGCCCCGCGGGCCUGCAGCCGGCGCCCGCCGCCGCCCCGCCGCCGCCCGCCCAAGCCCUGGGAGGCAUGGACGCCGAACUCAUCGACGAGGAGGCGCUGACGUCGCUGGAGCUCGAGCUCGGGCUGCACCGCGUGCUCGAGCUGCCCGAGCUCUUCCUGGGCCAGAGCGAGUUCGAUUGCUUCUCGGACUUGGGGUCGGCGCCGCCCGCCGGCUCGGUGAGCUGCUGACCGCGCCCGAGGGGGAGACGCGGGCCUGGCUGCCCUCCGGACUCUGCCCCCGGCCUCCCGGCCUCCCGGCCCGCACGCGCCCUCCGGCAGGGUGGACUCA